AUGGCUUCACCUCCAGGAUUGUUCUAUGCAUAUGCCAAAAAUAUCAGAGAUGACUCGAGUUAUCGCUACAUCAUUGCAUUUGAGUCGAGGCAGGUUUCGGACGAGUGGUGGCGAGUGGUGACUGCAUCGGUUGACAACGGCUACCCACGAUUUGCUGGGGUCAAGCGUCUUUCGGCCCAAUGGUACACUCACGAUCCCGCCGCCAAUGCGUUCAUACACGAGACUAUCAACGAUCCAAAAUGUGCGCCCCAAUUUCUGGGCAAGGUCAUGUUCACACUGCUCAAUGAUCGUGACGCUCGCGCUUUGUCUGUUUCUCCUGUCUUAAACUUCGCUGAUCAUGUCAGUGGUGGAACGUUCUUCAUUCGUUCUACAUUGCGGCCUGAAUUGUUCUGGUAUUACCAUCCAGACAUUGGUCAAAUCCUAGCAUCCACGUCCCGCCGCACUCGAUUUGAUGUCCGCAUCGCGGCAAAGGACAAGGCGCUCGGAACUAUCAUGAUUGGCUCCGACAAGGUAUCCAUUAGCGUCGCUGGACAACAAGAUCUCAACGUUGGUGUAGCUACUGGUUCCACGGAUUUAGCGAUCCAGAAGAAUGGACUGUUCCAGUUCGACUUCUCUGACUUCAACGACGGAAACUUUGGUUUGAACUUCUUGCACAAGGCAGCGUCUGGAGAUUUUGUCCAAGGCGUGGUUGCCACUGUUACUAGGCAGAAUUACGGGGAGAGGUGGGAGUUAGUAUUGUAA